AUGGAUUUAUACGGGAAGAUGGCAGUCACGCAAGAUGGAAGGCAAAAAGACAGUCCGGACCAGAACUUUGAUUAUAUGUUUAAACUAUUGCUAAUCGGGAAUAGCAGUGUUGGAAAAACAUCUUUCCUCUUCCGCUAUGCUGACGACUCUUUUACAUCCGCCUUUGUCAGUACCGUGGGAAUUGAUUUCAAAGUCAAAACUGUGUACAAAAACGACAAGAGGAUCAAACUACAGAUUUGGGACACAGCUGGGCAGGAGCGGUACAGGACCAUCACUACUGCAUACUACAGAGGAGCCAUGGGGUUUAUUCUUAUGUAUGACAUCACCAACGAGGAGUCCUUCGCCGCUGUCCAGGACUGGUCGACCCAGAUUAAGACAUACUCGUGGGACAAUGCCCAGGUGAUAUUGGUUGGAAACAAAUGUGACAUGGAAGAAGAGAGAGUGGUCUCUGUGGACAAUGGGAGGCUCCUGGCAGAACAACUAGGUUUUGAGUUCUUUGAGACGAGUGCCAAGGAUAACAUCAACGUGAAGCAGACGUUUCAGCGGUUGGUGGACAUCAUCUGUGACAAGAUGUCCGACACUCUAGAGACCGACCAAGGCGUCGCCAUGGGAACGCCCAAUGCUAAACUGACCGACAAUCCCUCACCCCCUGCACACACUGACUGUGGAUGUUAG